GAGUUGGCCCAGAAAGAGCUCUACCUUGCUUCACGAGAACUGCUCCUAGGAGAUGGCCGCGCCCCGUGCACGAAAGGAGCGGCACAGAUGUGCGCGGCCAUCUUCCUUCACUGACUGCGCUGCUGGAGACAAAGAUAGCUCAGCUUCGAGGUCAGGGCGACGCCAUAUUGGCCACAGGAGGGUUGGGCUUCUGAGAUGCUAAAAGCAGCAGCGACGUCUGAGUUUAGGGACCGCGGAGCACUCGCUUAUCCCCGCGCUAGAUAGCCUAGUCCUAUGGUCCACAGAGGGCCCAGUCAUCCGCUGUACGGCACAGAUUUCAACAUGGCCGCCCCCGGCAACUGGUGUUCAAGUGCGCGCGGCCAUCAUACCUUCCGUAAAAGUUCAGAAACCCAGAAUCCUGUUCUCGGGAAGGUUGCCAGGUGGCGGCCGAUAGCCUCAAAGUCGCGACUGAGUCUGCGCACCGGCCGCUCGGAAUGGGAAGAGCUUAUACGGUGGCGAGGCGGCGUGGUACGGCGAUCCAUUGGGGGUUAUGGGCGCGGAUCCAGGAAAGAUGGGCAAGUUUCUUUCUGGCAAAAGAAAUGACAUGUCCAUCUGUGACAGCAUCCCAAAAGUGAGGCUGGUUUCUGGAAAUCUAUUCUGACUCCAUGACAGCUAGGAUGGAUGUGGCCUUGCCUGUGGUUUACUGAGGGAAAGAAGUGACUUUUGCAGGCCACAGACCUAGAUGGUCACAGAGCCAGGGCCAGAACCCAGUUCCUCUGGACACACAUUUGCCAGCACAUUGCCACACCGCCACUCAGCUGGAACCGCGCAGCUGUAGAGACCAGGCCAGGCCGAGUAGCCAAGUCCAGAAAGGCCUCGGAUCUUAGUCCAAGAACAGCAGAAAAUGAUUGAGUACCAGCAGAGACCUGUGUCAUUCAAGGAUGUGGUAGUGGGCUUCACUCAAGAGGAGUGGCACAGGCUGAAUCCUGCUCAGAGGGCCCUGUACCGGGACGUGAUGCUGGAGACCUACAGCAACCUCGUCUCAGUGGGUUAUGAAGGCACCAAACCAUAUGUGAUCCUGAGGCUGGAGCAGGAAGAAGCACCGUGGAUUUGUGAGGCGGCAUGCUCAGGCUGCCACUGUCGGGAAAACAUCUGGCAAGUUAAUGUCCAGAGGAAAAGACGGCAGGACAUGCUUUUGAGGCAAGGUACAUUCAUCAGCAAGAAAAAACUGCCCAAGGAAAGAAGCCAUGACUGUAAUAAGUUUGGGAAAAUAUCACUCCAGAGCACUGAUCUUCCUUCAAUUCAAAACUCCAAUAACUGGGACCCUUGUGGAAAGAGUGUGAACCAUAACCUAGACUUGAUUGAUUUUAAGAGAAACUAUUCAAAAAAGCAAGAAGAGUGCUAUAGAUAUGGGAAAUUGUUACAGCAUACAAACCGUGAUCGAAGACCUAAUGGAGAAAGACUCUGGGAAUGCAGUCACUGUGAGAAAGCUUUCAACCAUAACCCAGCACAGUAUAAACCAACAGUAACCAAUUCUCUUGAGUACAAACGUAAGAGGGUUCCACCUACAGAGAAACCCCACAUCUGUAGCGAGUGUGGGAAAGCCUUCUGCUACAGGUCUGAAUUCAUUAGGCAUCAGAGAAGUCACACUGGGGAGAAGCCAUAUGGAUGCCCUGACUGUGGGAAAGCCUUUUCACAUAAGUCGACCCUCAUUAAACACCAGAGAAUUCACACUGGGAUAAGACCCUUUGAAUGUUUUUUUUGUGGGAAAGCCUUCACCCAGAAGUCACAUCGCAGAGAGCAUCAGCGAACACAUACAGGAGAGAGACCCUUUGUGUGCAGUGAAUGUGGGAAGUCAUUUGGUGAGAAGUCAUACCUCAAUGUACAUCUAAAAAUACACACAGGAGAAAGACCCUAUCGUUGCAGAGAAUGUGGAAAAUCCUUCAGCCAAAAGUCAUGCCUCAAUAAACAUUGGAGAACUCAUACAGGAGAAAAACCGUACGGAUGCAAUGAAUGUGGCAAAGCUUUCUAUCAGAAGCCAAACCUUAGUAGACAUCAGAAAAUUCAUGCUCGGAAGAAUGCCUAUAGGAAUGAAAACCUAAUAAUUGUGGGAAAGCCUUGAGCAAGAUACCCUAUUUGUGGCCGGCCCUGUGGCUUAGCGGUUAAGUGCGCGUGCUCCGCUGCUUGCGGCCUGGGUUCAGAUCCCGGGCGCACACCAACGCACUGCUUCUCUGGCCAUGCUGAGGCUGUGUCCCACAUACAUCAACUAGAAGGAUGUGCAGCUAUGACAUACAACUAUCAUACUGGGGCUUUGGGGGGGAAAAAAUAAAAUAAAUAAAAUCUUUAAAAAAAAAAGAAUUAUUUAAAAAAAAAAAAGAUACCCUAUUUGAUUAUAUGUGGAGGACUUCAUCCUUAGGAGAAAUCUCAUUGAUUUAAUGAACUUGGACCAAGUGGUUUACCAUAAGGGAAGUCAUGCUCCAAUUGUGAUAGAAAAUUUUAUACCAAAGACUAUAGAAAAUACUUUAUAAAACAUAAACAUGGUCACUCUGGCUUAUGAAAGUUUAAAAACGUAUUAAAUGGAAUGACAACAGAAUACAAAAGAGAGAAUUAGAAGGUGAAGAACGUAAAGAGACUUAGAGGUAUGUUAUGGUACGUUCCACAGUGAACCACAUAAGUAGUUCUGUUUAUAUUUUGGAAUUAUAAAUGUGAAUUUAAUAUAAAUUGUGAAUAUCAAGCAUAUAUAUCACAUAAUAUGUAGAAUGCCAUUCACCAAACUUCCACUCUAAAUAUCACCAUUGUCUUUUGGUGUCUUAACAAUACAAAAAAACAAUAAAAAUAAUAACAUGGCCAACUAUUUAAAAAAAAAGCUUUAACAUACCAGCUACAUUUUCUCCACGUUUUUGUAAUACAUGUAAAUGGCUAUGACAUUUCUUAUUGGGCCCUUUUCUGAAUAAUAAAGCAAUGUGUUUUGUUUGUUUGUUUGUUUGUUUGUUUUUUGUGAGGAAGAUCAGCCCUGACCUAACAUCCAUGCCAAUCCUCCUCUUUUUGCUGAGGAAGACCAGCCCUGAGCUAACAUCUAUAAUAAAGCAAUGUUUUUUAAUGGUCUUUUGUUAAGUUAGCCAAAAACUUUAUUAAAUGUUUUUAAUGUUAAAAAGGCAUUUAUUUUGCCUUUAUUUUAAUAUGUAAGAUAAUGUAUAAAUAAAUAAUAUAUUAUUACAUAAAAUAAUAUUUAAAUAAUUAAAUAUUAUUUAAUAAGUAUUAUUCAUUAAAUAAAUAAUAAAUUAUUUAUUUUUGCCUUUAUUAAUGUUGAAAAGGCAAAGCUAAGGAAUAGUUUCACAACUCGAUAUUGGGGGAACAUAAUACUAUAAACUUGAUUACUCAGCACAUUCAUUAUUUGACAGAAAGUAGUGUGGCCCUGGCAUAGUGUGCACUAUUCCCAUUUUCUUAGUCUUGUUUAAAAUGCCUUGCAGCAAAUUAGUAGGAGAGACACUCUUUAUAUCAGUCUUAUAAUUCAGAAUUAUUUCAUGCAGAGACCCAUAAAGGAGAAUUUAUUAUUUUUUUUUUUUUGCAAAUUCAUUCAGCAACAUCCACUUUUCUUCCCUAUAAAUUUCCCUGUAAAUGUCCUGGACACUAAAUCCCAAGUUUUUUCAUCAUUCCAAUCUUUGAAAAAAGUCCAUUUCCUUGACCUGCCAUGUCAUCCAUAUAAGAAAACAAAUGGCCACAUUGUUCAAGAUCUGCCUCCCUGUGAGAAUCCCUACUCCAGAAUGAAAAAGGAAACAUGAUCACAGAUAAAGAUGUGAUUAAAAGAAUAAUAAAAGAUAGUUCAUGCAACUCUAGAUCAACAUAUUUUUAAAACAGGAAAUAGAAGCUUUACUAGCAAAAUAUGUUAUGAAAAUUGCAGUAAGAAGUAGAAAACGUGAUAGACCAAUUACCAUUGAAGAAUUUGGAAAAGUGAUUAAAGAUCUAUGAUUGAAAAUGCUCCAGGCUCUGAUGAUUUCAUGAUUAGUUCUAUCAAACUUUUAAAGAAGGAGUAAUACCACUGUUAAAUAUUUCAGCCCAUAGACUAUGUUCCCCAAUUUACUUUGUGAAAUCAGAAUAAAUUUAACACCAAACCAAAUAAAAGUAGUUGGAAAAAAGAAAACUCCAGAUCAAUCUUACUCUUGAGUCUAGAGAAACAAAAAUUAUAAGUAAAAUAAUAGCAAAGUUCAGCAGUAUACCUAAAGAAUGAUAUAUUGUGAUGACCAAGUAAGAGUUAUUCCAAGAAUGCAGAGCCAAUGAUAGGAAAUAUAUCAAUAAAAUUAACAGCUUGAAAGAGAAGAUGCUAUCAAUAGAUGCUGACAAGGCAUUUAAUAGAAUUUGCAAACAUUUCUAAUGUAAUAAAAUAUAAAUUAAAUUGUAAUAGAUGGUAACCACUUAGAGUUUCUUUACCAAAACCCAAUAGCAGAUAUUAUGCUGAAGCCAUUUUUUAAAAAUCAAGAAUUUAAUAGUAUUAUUUUUACUAAAUAUUGUCUUAAAGGUUCCAGGGAAGACAAUAAAAAAGAAAAUUAAUUGCUAUAAAUAAUCGAAAAGAAAAGGUAAAACUGACCCUUUUUUCUGACGAUAUGAUUAUAUACUAAUAUAUGAAGAGACUCUAAUAAUUUUGAUAAUUUUCUAAGGAGGCAGGGUACAGAAAUCAAGAGCUUUUCUCUGUAAACAUCUAAUAGUUUAUAUGCACUUCUCUUGGAAUUCACUAAAUGUCAGUGAUUUUUUUUUUAUGUGAAGUGAUCUUAAAUUCCAUAUGGAAAAAUAAAUGCCUGAGAAUCUAGCCAAGAAAAGUAUAAAAAGGAAAUUUCAUACCAGAUGUCAGAAUAUACCAUGAAGUCAUUUUAAUUAAAUUAAUAUAAUAUUGGCAAAGGAACAGAUAAAUAAAUCAAUGGAACAGAAUAAAAAAUCCUGAACUAGACCUCAGUGUAUAUGAGCUUUUUCAUGUAUGGAAAAAGUGGAAUUUCAAACCAUAGGGGAAAAGAAUAGUUUAUUUAAAAAGAAAUCUGGCACAGUUGGCUUUUUUUGUGUGUGAGGAAGAUCAGCCCUGAGCUAACAUCCAUGCUAAUCCUCCUCUUUUUUGCUGAGGAAGACUGGCCCUGGGCUAACAUCUGUGCCCAUCUUCCUCCACUUUAUGUGGGGUGCCGCCACAGCAUGGCCUGACAAGCGGUGCCUCGGUGCGCACCAGGGAUCUGAACCCAGGCCGCCAGCAGCGGAGCGCGCGCACAUAACCACUAUGCCACAGGGCCGGCCCCACAGUUGGCUUUUAAUCAGGAAGAAAGUAAAGUGGGACUAACAGCACAAAGCACAUGAAAAAAAAAAUCCCAGGUGGAUCUGAGAUUUAAAUUGUUUAACUAACAAUAAAAUUCUUAAAACAAAAUGAAAAGAGACUACACAUACAAUCUAGAGUUGGGGAGAUUAACUUUACCAACACAGGACAUUCAAACGCUAUUAAAAAAUAAAUAUUUGACUACAUAAAAAGUACAAUCUUCACAUAGCAAAAGAUGCCAUCUGAUAAAUAAACAAUAAUUUGGGGGAAAAUAUUUGCAGACCCAAUCAGAGAAAAAGUGCUCUUCACAUUGACAGGAAAAAGAUAACCCAAGAGCAAAACGUGGCGAAGAGUGUGAAUAGACAGUUGUGAGAAGAGCAAAUCCAUGUGGCUGGUGGGCUUAUCAAAGUGUUUAGCCUCAGUAGUUGUUGGGGAAUGCAGAUUAAACUUAUAACGAGAUAACAGUAUGCAAUCAAGCUGACAAAAAAGAGCAGGAAUGCUUUUUGCUGUCAGAACAGAGGAUGUUCUUAUACACUGUUGGUGAAAACAAAUCAUUACAGCUCUUUUGAAAAGCAAUCUGGCAACAUCUGUUAUAACUUAAAAUACUCACGCCACUUUGGGGAAUCUUCUCUUAGAAGUAAAACACGAAGGACAGAUGAACAUGGACAUUUAUUGUAAAAUUGCUCCUAGUGGCAAAAGACACUAGAAUCAAAAUAAAUGCCCAUCAGUAGGGAAAUUGGAAGAGGGAAGGAACUAUAGUAUGUCCAUUCCGUAGAAUGUUUAUAUAGCCAUUAAGGUGGACAAAUUCAACUAUGCUAGUGGACUUGAAUGGAAUUCCACAGUGUUUUCUUGAGUGAAAAAAGCAAGGUAGAGAAGUGUGUAAAAUAUGUCCCUGAUUUUGUAAAUCAGUAACAAGAUGCCUCUAAGUGUUUAUAUGAGUGAUAACAUGUAUCCAUAUACGUUUGUGUACGAUUUUAUAUGCAUGGAGAAAAGUAUAGAAGAGUAUGCACUGGGUUGGGGGGAGGUGGGUGAUGCAGGUGGGUUAUGGGGGAGUCGGAAAGGGAAAAUGAAAGCCAAAAAGAAAAAAUAUGUAAAUGACUAAACCAAGUAUGAUAUCCCAAAUGUGUGAUUAAGUAAAAUUUGAGGGGGAAGCUAGAACUUGACUAAUUUGUGGAGAUGUUUGUGGUAUAUUGUCAAGUGAAAAGAACAAAUUGCAGAAUAACGUAUAUGAAUCUAUUUUUUUUUUUAAUUUAAAAUCCCUAUAUGUGUAUAUAUGCAUGUGUACGUUUAUAUGAACAAAGAGAAAGGUGUGAAAGGAUGUACAACAAGGUGUCGAUUAACAUGGGUUACCUUGGUGGGGAAGGGAAAUAAAAGUAUUUGUUUAAUUUAUA